AUGUGGCUUGCUUCGUCCGUGCUUCUGCCACUCACCGCGGUCGCGGUGGAGCCUGGCAUCGGCUAUUUCGAGCCGUGGUUGGAACAGCUUUGGUCCUCGGGGCGGCGCCUGAACACUAAGGCCCUGGAUCUCCGUGUGUCCAAGGGACUUGGACUCAAGGGCUACAACAAGGUACGCGUGUCUGUGAUCGCCCCAGAGCUGCGCUCCUUCGAAGACUUCAACUUCACUUACCGGGAGCAGUUCAGAUACCGAUGGACGGAGCACUUUUUGCACAGUGCCUUGAUUGACGUGAAACCCGGAGCCAAUUUGCUGCAGAUCGGUGGUCAGGACGUGGAGGUCCGCCUCCCAGCAGAAGAUGCCGGCAUUCGUGCCGUAUUUUGGUCCGACCCAUGCUUCUCGUCAAAGUGGAUUGGCUGCGCUUAUGCGGAGGUCUUCAACACGUUUGAGAAUUCCAUAGCCAUGCUCAAUGCAGUCUUUUCUGACCCCAGCAUGGAUAUGUUCUCGAUCCUGGGCGACAACUUCUACGACCAGACCGGAGAGUUGGCGACGACUUUCUUCGACCGACUCUCCCCCGAUGUCAAGAGGCGGUUCAUGCUUGUGGCGAAUGGCAACCACGACAUUUGGGUCUGCGGAAAUCCUGGCUGCGGUGACGAGAACGACAACUUUGGCAUUGGGCAGAUGCAGUACUACGCCGCUGACUCGGUUGCCUCCCGAAUUCCACCGCAGGACGACGUGAAUUUCAUGGACUUCUCCGUCGAUCCCGAUGUCAGGAAAGCUUGGACCAGCUUUCAGAACGUGGGUACCAACUUCUUAGUUUACCACAAGCUCGGGAACAUUGGCUUCCUUGCUUUUACCGGAGCGGCUCUGUUCACAGACAUGCUUCCCUACUUCACAGAGGCGUGCGAUUACUUCGUGGAGACUCAGCCAGCCGUCGUGUUCCUCCUCGGACACUGGAAUGGAGGGGGUCUUGGCUGUGCUCUGGGCAUGUCUGUGCCGAAAGUUCACCAGGAGCUGCUGGCGCUGACAAGCUGCAAGGCACUGGGCAACCGCCUGAAGUACAUGGACGGGCACGAGCACUGCAACUAUGUCCAAGCGAACGCAACAGAACCUGUCGGGUUCAUGAUCGGCGCUCAUGGCAUGUCCGACAGCGCAUGUGAGGCACAAUAUGGCUUCUUAUUUCUGGACAGUACGUCCGCGAGGGUUAGGCUACACUACUUCGAGGUGGCUUCCGAAUCAAAAGGGAGCCGCUUCGAGGAGAUCUUUACUUGCAUCCUGCAGAAGGGAGGCCUAGCGGCCUGCACGAAGUUUGCGCAGACCUGGCUGGAUGUCCCAGUGCAGCCUGGGGUGUUCGCAGUCUGA